AUGGCCCCCUGCCGCGCGCUGCUGGCCCUGGCGCUCCUGGCGCUCCUGGCGCUCUGCGAGGCGAAGGAGGCGCGGGGCUGCUGCGGCCCCAUCGUGCCCCGCAGGGAGUGGGGGGCGCAGGCGUCCACGUGCUCCCAGCGCCUGAAGCUGCCCGCGCGCUACGUCGUGGUGGCGCACACGGCCGGGAGCCACUGCAACUCCCCGAGCCUGUGCGGGCAGCAGGUCCGGAACGUGCAGAACUACCACGUGCGCACGAAAGGCUGGUGCGACGUGAGCUACAACUUCCUGAUCGGAGAAGAUGGGCUUGUGUACGAGGGCCGAGGCUGGAACUACAAGGGUGACCACUCGGGGCCCACCUGGAACUCCCGCUCCAUCGCCAUCUCCUUCAUGGGGAACUACAUGGAGCGCUCACCCCCAGCCCGGGCAAUCCGGGCGGCCCUGAGCCUGCUGGACUGUGGUGUGGCCCGAGGGGCCCUGAGCAAGAACUACGAGGUCAAGGGGCACCGGGAUGUGCUGGCGACGCUGUCCCCAGGCGACCAGCUCUACGAGAUCAUCCGGAACUGGAAGCACUACCGCGAGUGA